ACAGGGCAGGCAGAGGUGGGUUGAUUUGGACCUUGCUACUUCCUAGUUGAUUGGCCUGAAGUGCUGGGGAAGGCUUCUCCCUCCUCUCAUUUUCCUAGAAGACAGUAAUACCUACUCUGCAGGUGGCUGUAAAGGUAACUGGUGGGUGUAUGAUGCCUGGGUGUGAAGGAGUCUCUCAGUGAAUGAAUGGCAGCAAUAAUUAUUAUUAUUGAUUUUGUUAAAAAAAAAAAAACAAGUUACUCUAUUUAAAAUGUGAGCAUUCAGGAUUACUUGGUGCUGUUAUCUGGAAUCUGGAUAUCUUCUUGACUGGGAUUCUGGGGCUUUGGAUUUGCUAAUUUCCCUGAUUAAGGCACAAAGCUGUGUUUUCAGAAACCUUUUGAUGUUAUUGACAUUGCUGAUUUCAGCCUAUGAAGAGAAGGGAAAUGGUGAGCUUUUUGAAAGAGCAAAGACUGCAGGUUAGAGAAUGGGCUGAGGAAAAGAACACUUGGGAAGAAGAGUUGGGAAGCCACAGCAGGAGUCGGGAUUUGAACUAAGGUUGAGUGAGAAGAGGACUGACCAGAGAGUGAUUUGAAACCAGAAUCUACUCUACCUAUGACAGAUGAAGGGGAGGAAGGGGUCACCGAGGAUCUAGAGAUUUCUUUCUUCGGGCAAUCAGGUGAACACUGAUUCCAUACUGAGAGGAGGAGCAGCAAUCCGCAGACCCACCGUGUGCACAAGGAAGGAGCUAAACCGCGCACCAUAGGCACACUUCAGGCGUCAUGGUCCACCUGCUGACCUCGGAAGUCCAGCAGCUGCUGCACAACAAGUUUGUGAUCAUCCUGGGGGACUCUGUGCAGAGGGCCGUGUACAAGGACCUGGUGCUUCUGCUGCAGAAGGACUGCCUGCUCUCUCUCCGCCAGCUCAAGACCAAGGGGGAACUGACCUUCGAACAGGACAAACUGGUGGCAGGAGGCACGUUCGGUAUCAUGCACAAUGGCAUCGACUAUCGCGAGGUCCGCGAGUUCUGCUCGGGCCACCAUUUGGUUCGCUUCUACUUCAUCACGCGGGUGUACUCCGACUACCUGGAGGGCAUCCUGCAGGAGCUGCAGUCGGGCGAGCACGCCCCGGACGUGAUCGUCAUGAACUCCUGCCUCUGGGACAUCUCCAGGUAUGGUCCGGACUUCUGGUCGAGCUACCUGCAGAACCUAGAGAGCCUGUUUGGGCGCUUGGACCAAGUGCUGCCCAAGUCUUGCCUCCUGGUAUGGAACACAGCCAUGCCUGUGAGCGAAAAGCCUCGCCGGGGCUCCAACCAGCCCAAGGGCCAACCCCGGGCCAAACCUGCCGACGUGUUCAAAGCCAACUUCUACAGCUGGGAGGAGGCUAGGAAGCACCACUUUGAUGUGUUAGACUUGAAUUUCCACUUUCGGCACUUCAAGAAGUACCUGCAGGAUGAUGGGGUGCACUGGAAUGAAUAUGCACACCGCAAAGUCUCCCACCUGUUGCUGGCCCAUGUGGCUGAUGCCUGGGGUGUGGAGCUGCCCAGACGCCAGUGCGCACCUGUUGGCAAUUUGAUCAACUAUGACCCAGAGUGCAAACAGACUGGCCAGGUAGUAAAGAGGCAGCCCCAUGGCGAUCAAGAUCUACUGGCUUUCCCUGUGCCCCUGCCACUGCCUCCUCCCAGGCCCAGAGCCCUGCUCCCGUUACCACCCCCAUUACCACCACCCUUGCCCUUGCCGCUGCUCCCGACCCCACAGCCGCUGCCCAUCCCCCUACACCAGGUGAGACCCCCGUUUCCACUCUAUCACCAUGAUUCCAAUUUUCCCUCUAACCGUGUUUUCCACUCCGAUCAAUUUGCCUUCCAAACUGACUUUGCAUUUGGUUCCCAGCCAUCGAUCCCCAGCUUCCCGUCACCCUGUUAUCAGCAGGGGGCCCCGGUAGUGCACAGAGGUUUUCCCCGCUAUCUUGUUGAAGGUCCCUAUAUGCCCUGGAGAGGGAGGCCCAAGAGACCAAAGAGAAGAGUCCCAGCUCAUCCACAGUCAAGGCCUCAGUAGACGACCUUGACCUUUUGCCUCUUGGUGGUGGUGGAUUGGCGGAAUCUCCCGUUCAGUCGACACUGUACCAUACUGGCCUUGCUAACUUAAGCCCUUUCAGCUCAAGCUUGGCGUUUUAGUUCAUUGCUGUUACUGUCACGAGCUCUUCUUGUUACCUAUGCUCUCUUUCCCCUUCGCAGUGACCAGGCAUUGUUCCUGCCUCCCCACUCC